CAUGGCCGCCGUCAUGAACACUCCCAGCCAUCCGCGAUUCGAUGCCUCCUUUGGCGCAGGCGGUUUGCGCGGCCCCUACCUCACUCCCGAUCCGCCGUCAAUGGUCGACCAGCUUCCUAGCAUUAAAUUCGGUUUUGAUGAUUUGCGCGACCGCAUGGCUCGUUUUACCCAGCGAUUUGACGACUUUAUCGAACAUGGUCGCAAGCGCGUGCUUGAGGAGCGCAACCAUUUCCGCAUCAACAUGUCUGAGAUCCAAGAAUCGCAAAGAUCAAGACGCAGAGAGCUCGAGGACAUGUCCAACAAAUCCGUCGCACACCAGAACACCCUAGCCAAAGAAGCUCAAGAGCAUGAAGAGAUGCAACAACAAAUCGAAGAGCUCGACCUCCAGCGCCAGAAUCAUGAAGCCCACCGCGACGACCUCCGCUCUCAGAUCUCGUCGCUACAGAAGUCCAUCAACACCCGCCGACAGGCCCAACAUCAUCACCAGCGACAACUAGAUAAUCAAGCACGUCACAACCGACCCGAGCUACAGUUUUGGGAGUCCCAUCUCUGCAUGCGCAUUGAGGGUUUGGGCAUCGAUGACAGAAUCAAGUUUGUCUACACACAUGUAGAUGAGAGGGAUUGGGACCGUCAGUGCGCAUUCGAGCUGAACAUGGAGACAAAAGACUACCAAGUUGUAGCGGUGGAACCUGCAUUGGAUGACGAGGCCAUCGAUGCGGUUGUUGAGCGAUUGAAUGAGACGCGGGAUUUGGCUGCUUUCCUCAAGGCCAUGCGGGCUUUGUUUACUGCCUCUAUCAGGCAC